CGUCACGGACCUUAUAACCAAACUGAUAACUACACUCGCUUGAACGGAUUGGUAAAUACCAAUCCAAAAUGGUAAAUGCCAUUUCCAUUUGGUUAUCGGCUUGAAUUUGAUUUAUAAAAGAUAUUUCGUUUCCACCGUGGUCGUUCCGUACCGAAUUCUGAAUAAUCCUACGCUCGACUGACGGGUCUAUGCCUGACAUUGCUGACUUUGACAAAUAACGGCGGCUUUAGGAGCAAGAACCCAAAACGGUUUUAUUUUUGGGGGGUUAAAAAGUCCCACAGGAAGACAUAGGGCUGAAAAAUGGCUUUGAACCCCCAAUACGAGGCCAUAGGCAAAGGGUUUGUCCAACAAUAUUAUGCCCUUUUCGAUGAUCCUACUCAGAGACAGAAUUUGGUUAACAUGUACAAUGUGGAAUUAUCAUUUAUGACCUUUGAAGGGGUUCAGCUGCAAGGCUCCGUGAAGAUUAUGGAAAAAUUAAAUGCUCUAACGUUCCAAAAAAUAAAUAGGAUUAUCACAGCAGUAGACUCACAACCAAUGUUCGAUGGUGGAGUAUUGAUAAAUGUUUUAGGAAGACUACAGACAGAUGAGGAUCUGCCACAUGCUUAUGUACAGACGUUUGUCCUGAAACCAAUAGAAGGGAGCUUUUUUGUACAACAUGAUAUUUUCCGUCUAGUCCUUCAUGAUACAAUUUAGCCUGAUAUUGUCAGAUAGCUGACGAAGAUCCACCACAUGCGUUUUCUCAAAUUUUCGUCUUAAAGCCACUGGGUAAUUCAUUUUUUGUUCAACACGAUAUCUUCAGAUUGGGAAUUCACGAUUCUGCAUAACCCUUAGCUAAUAAGUACCAAGUUUUAUACAUGUAAAAUAUUAUUAAAAAAUUCUGCCUACAUUAAGAGUUUCCUGCUUAUAGCCAUUUCAUUAAUUUAAAAUAUUAAACUUAUUUUCAAAAAAAUGUUUUUUUGUUUUUCU